AUGUACUUUACUAAGGGGUUUCUCCUUCUACACACGUUGCUUGCAUUCCUUAUUCCCCAGUUUGACACUUUACAAGACACCUUAACCAUCAGCAAACCCAUCAGAGAUGGUGACCUUUUAGUCUCUAAAAGAGAAACGUUUGCACUUGGUUUCUUUAGUCCCGGAGAGUCCACCAACCGCUAUGUUGGCAUUUGGUUUUAUAAAGCUCCAGAACAACCCGUGGUAUGGGUUGCAAACAGAGACAAUCCUAUCACUGAUAAUUCGGGGGUUCUCUCAAUUGAUCUUCAUAGAAACCUAGUGCUCUAUGGCGAGGACAAAAAACAACCCAUUUGGUCCACAAAUAUUGUCACAAAAUCAAACAACAAAACUACUCUUGCUCAGCUCAAUCAUUCAGGAAAUCUAGUCUUGUUUAUUAAUGAAACAAGUGACGUACUAUGGCAAAGCUUUGACAAUCCAACUGAUACAUUUCUUCCAAGCAUGAAACUUGGAUUGGAUCGAAAGACCGGUCUAAAUCGAAUACUAACAUCCUGGAAGUCCAAAGAUGAUCCAGGAAUUGGGAAUUGCUCCUUCAUUCUCAAUACCAAUAGCUCCUCCCCAGAGUUGUUUUUGUAUAAAGGUAACACUUUGUGGUGGCGUUCUGGUCAUUGGAAUGGUAUUGGAUGGAGUGGAAUACCAACAUUGUCAAGUAAUGAUUCGGUCAUGAAUUUCAAAUUAUUUAACAACCAUUAUGAGACUUCUACAAUUUGGGGUUUACGUUACCCUGGCGCAUCAUUAUUCUCAAGAUUAGUGGUGAAUGGAUCUGGAUCAAUUCAACGCUCUGUAAGUGCAAUUUCAGAUCAAGAGUGGGACAUUCUUGGGGCACUGCCAUUAGACCGGUGUGACAAUUAUGGGAAGUGUGGUGCAUUUGGUAUGUGUCAAGUUCAAAAUGGUACUGAAUUUGAGUGCACUUGUCUACCUGGGUUCGAACCAAGGUCACUAAGUGAAUGGUCUGCGAGAAAUGCGACGAGUGGGUGUGUGAAGAAGCAUGGGAGGGCAUCCGUUUGCAAGAGUGGUGAAGAGUUUGUGAAGGUGGAAAAUGUGAAGCUUCCGGAUAGUUCAUUUGCACGAGUCGAUGAGAAGCUGAGUUUGAAGGAGUGUGAGCGACGAUGCUUGGAGAAUUGUUCUUGCACGGCGUAUGGAGGAGUAGAUGUGAAGGAGGAAGUUGGAUGCAUGAGAUGGUAUGGUGAAUUGAUGGAUACAAGAGUGUUGGAUGGAGGCCAAAAUUUGUAUGUACGUGUUGCUGCCUUUGAGUUAGGCAAUUAUGGUAAGAAAACAAAAUUUGGAUGGGUAUAUAAGAAGAGGCUAAGCACUGACUCUAGUUUACCAAGCUUCGAAGACUCUCCAAGUAGAAGUGAAUUCGAUGGAUCUAAAAGCAAUUCAAAUUUUCCAAUAUUUGAUUUGAAGACCAUUAUUGCAGCCACAGAUAACUUCUCUGCUACUAAUGAGCUUGGCAAAGGUGGUUUUGGCUCAGUUUAUAAGGGUUUGCUACAAAAUAGAAUGGAAAUAGCAGUAAAAAGAUUAUCAAAAUUCUCAGGACAAGGAGUAGAACAGUUCAAAAAUGAAGUUGCACUAAUUGCUAAACUCCAACAUAGGAACCUCGUGAGAAUCUUAGGUUGUUGCAUUCAAGCAGAAGAGAAGAUGUUAAUCUACGAGUACUUGCCUAAUAAAAGCUUAGACUCUUUUAUUUUUGAUGAAACAAAAAGGUCAUGUUUAGAUUGGGGAAAGCGAUUUAAGAUUAUUUGUGGAAUUGCUCGAGGGAUCUUAUAUCUUCAUCAAGACUCAAGAUUAAGAAUUAUCCAUAGAGAUUUAAAGGCCAGCAAUAUUCUACUUGACAAUACUCUGAAUCCAAAAAUUUCAGAUUUUGGUAUGGCUAGAAUUGUUGGAGGUGACCAAAUUGAAGUUAAUACAAAUCGUGUUGUUGGAACAUAUGGUUAUAUGUCACCAGAGUAUGCAAUGCAAGGAAUAUUUUCAAUAAAAUCAGAUGUAUAUAGCUUCGGAGUGUUGCUACUAGAGAUAAUUGUUGGUAAAAAGAAUGGUACUUAUUACCAUAAUGGUCCCUCUGCAUAUUUGAUUGAACAUGUUUGGGACCUAUGGAGAGAAGGAAAAGUAAUGGAAAUUGUGGAUGCAUUACUAGGUGAGACAUAUCCGGCUAAUGAAGUUUUGAAAUGCAUUCAAAUCGGGCUUUUGUGUGUGCAAGAACAUGCAAGAGAUCGGCCAACCAUGUUAACAGUUGUUUUCAUGCUGGGUAAUGACACAACUCUUCCUUCUCCAAAACAACCAGCAUUUAUUUCGACAAGUGCUAACAAUAGUAGAGACAUGAUAACAUCAGAAAAUGAAAUAUCAAUUUCUGAAAUUGAUGGUCGUUAA